UGUUAAAUUUGGAGGUUAUAUUUACUUCAAUUAGGGAUUUUUUUUCAAUUAUUUGUUUUGUUUAACAGUGUUUUUGUGCAUAAUGUCGCCUUCAGAUACAGUAGUGCAGGACCUUGACGAGAAACACGUCGAUUUGGUGGCGAAAUUCGUGUCAGAUGUCCGAAAUGGAAAGAUUGAGGGAUCAAACAACGUAGCCCUGGCCACUGUCACCCUCUUGGAGCAGAUCAUCAAUGAGUCUGAUAACACCACCGUCAUUGGGCUCUGCAGUCGUGUCCGCGCCGCGGGGCGCCUGGUGUCUUGCGCGCUGCCGCAGCACCCGAGCGCCGCCAACAUGGCGCGCCGCGUGCUGCGCGCGCUCCGCGACGAGGCGCGCGCGGACGGGGACGCGUCGCUAGCACGACUAGUACUCGCUGCACCGAGGAGGAGUACCACUGCGAUGGACGAAGACCUUAGGGAACCGGUGCGAGAACAUUUGGCGGAGUUACGCACAGAACUGGAAGGUACAGCCACCGCCAUCAGCUCGCAAGCUAAGGAGCACGUGCAAGCAGAUGAGAUGAUUCUGACAUACGGGGCGAGCAAACUGACUGAGCGUUUCCUGCGCUCCGCGCGGCGCUACAGACUGUUACUGGCUGAAGGGACUGACGUCGCCGAGUGUCACUUGAUGGCGGCGCGGCUGAGCGCGGGCGGGGUGCCGGUGACGGUGCUGGGCGCGGCCGCCGUGUGCGCCGUCAUGUCGCGCGUUAACAAGGUUGUAGUGAGUGUGGACGCAGCGUUAGCGGGCGGAGCGGCGCUGGGCGCGGCGGGGCUGCACGCCGUCACCGCCGCCGCCAAGCAUUACGGGGUUCCAGUGGUGGCGCUGUGUGCGCUGCACGCGCUGAGCCCGCUGCACGCGCGCGACCCCGCGCACCUCACCUCGCUGAGUGCUCCUCACUACGCGCUGCCCUACCAGUCGUCGGAAAGCGGGCUGGCGCAUGUGUAUGCUCCUCGUCACGAUCUCAUCCCGGCUGACAACGUCACUCUGUAUAUCACCAAUCUCGGAGGUAGCUCGCCGUCGUACAUAUACAGGCUGCUCUCGGAGCUGUACGAUCCUAACGACUACACCCUGUCUCUUUCUCGCUCUAAAGUUAGAGGGAGAGCGCGCUCUCGUGUCAUAUUCUCCGCGGCUAACUUCACACUGCACUAUUGGAUACAAGUAUUUUCGUGCGGAUCUGAGUGGUGGAGUGUUGCGGCGCAAAUCGAUAUCGGAAGUAAUGGCGCAGCAAACAUGAGCCAGGGAGGUUCUCGGAGGCCUUACUCGCGCGGGGGCCCGCGCUGGCACCCGCGCUACAAGGAUUAUUGGGAUUACGAGCAAAAUUACAGUGAUGGCAGCAGUGCCGGCAGCCCUAAGGAAGCGUGCGCGGCGCAGUCCCCGCCGCCGCACGGUCCGCACGUGCCGCACGGUCCCCACUUGCCGCACGGUCCCCACGUGCCGCACGGUCCGCACGGGCCGCACGCGCACGGCCCGCACGGCCCUCACCCGCACGCGCCCCAUGCGCCGGGCAAGCGGGAGAACCGGCCUGAACCGAGGAGACUUAGCAUCGGGGGCGGCGCCGGCGGCUCGCGGCGCGCCGCGCCCGCCGAGCGACGCAGACCAGAGUUGCGCCUGAGCCCGGGCGCGGGCCCCUCCGCCGACCCGCACCCGCCGCACCACCACCUCCCGCACCAUCAUCAUAUGGACACAAACCCCCUGGAGGGAGCCGCGGAAGGCAGCGGCGCGGGCUCGUCCGACGGCGAGCUGUCCUCCAAGCCCGGCGACAGCCCCAGCAGGAAGCGGAGGCGGAUCUCCCGGCAUCGCCCUUCAGGCGAACCUAACGUAUCAGUUCCCGCGCCGGCGGCGGAGCGCCGGACCCCGCGUCAUCAUUACCAGCCCCCUCGGCGGGUGCGGUACCUGAGCGGCGGCGGCGGCGGCUUGUGGCGGGAGCGAGUGUUGGAGCCUCAUCAGCAUCAGCAUCAGCAUCAGCACCAGCACCAGCACCAGCACCAUGCGCCGUUAUUAUUGGAUAUGAACCAGAUGUCCCUCCGCGGCGCGCGGCUCGGCGCGCUGGGCGGCGGCGUGGGCUGGCCGCACGCGCACGCGCACCACCCCCAUCCCCACCCCCAUCCGCAUCCGCAUCCGCAGCACCAGCAUCAGCACCAUCCGCAUCAGCACCCGCACCCGCACCCGCACCGGGACCGGCCUCAGGUGUCGGCCUUGGGCGUGGGCGUCGGCGUGCCCGGCGCCGGCCCCGGCGUCGGCGACCUGUGGGGCGCCGCCGUGCUGCCCUCCCUGUCGCUGCGAUACCAGAUGGGCGGCGUGUACGCGGGGCUGCAGUACCCGCCGCGGGGGCCCUUCGCGUCUCCGCCGCACUACAUGUCUCACACGCAGCGGGCUGAAGGCGGGCGGUUAGAGCUCGCGCACGGCGGCGACGGCGCGCUGUCUCCGCUGCAGCCCACCCCGGACCUGCACCAUGCACCUCUUUUGUUACACACAGAGCCCCGAGGCGCGGCGUUAGAGUUGAUGCCGCAGCACGCGCGGGCGGCGUUGCCGCACCAUCACUAUGUGACGCAGCGGCGGAGCGCGCUGGGCGGCGUGGGCGGCGGCGGCGCGGCGCUGGGCGCGCUGAGCGGGCUGGGCGCGCUCGCGCCGCCCGCGCUGGCGCACAACCGCGCCGCGCGCCCCUACGUGCGCCACGCGCCGCGCUGGCCCCACGCGCACGCGCACGCGCACGCCCUACACAUACACGCGCAGGGCGGCGCAGGCGGCGGCGCGGGGACGGGCGCGGGCUCGGGCGUGGGGCUCAUCACGGCCGUGUCGCACGUGCCAUCCCUGCACGUGCCGCUCCCCCCGCCCCCGCCCACGUACCAGGUGUUCCUGAACCUCCUGGCGAUGUUCCCGCUGUCGCCGUACGCGGAGGCGCGCGCCGGCGGCAGCGAGGCCGGCGACUCGCCCGAGACCGAGAACUACGAGGCGCUGCUCUCGCUGGCCGAGCGUCUCGGCGAGGCCAAGCCGCGCGGCCUCGCGCGCCACGAGAUCGACCAGCUGCCCAGCUACAAGUUCUGCCAGCAGACGCACCAGGGCGAGCAGACGUCGUGCGUCGUGUGUAUGUGCGAGUUCGAGGCGCGUCAAACACUACGCGUGCUGCCGUGCGCUCACGAGUUCCACGCCAAGUGCGUCGACAAGUGGCUCCGGUCAAAUCGAACGUGUCCCAUAUGCCGCGGCAACGCGUCCGAAUACUUCAACAACUCGGAGUGACUCGCGCGCGCCUCGGCCGCGCAGCUCCACUCCCGCGCCUAGCCGCCGUGCCCCGAGUGCCCCUGUGCCCUCUGUGCCCCUGUGCCCUCUGUGCCCCUGUGGCGGACGGCUGCACUGUAACUAUUACUAUAUUACUAGUUCUAUCACAAACAAAACUUUUCAAAGCCUUAUCUUAUGUGCAAGUUGCGGAAAGUUUCCGAAAAGUUUUCGGAAACUUCAGGAAAUUUCUCAGGACACAGGAAACUUUCAUUUUAAAAGCGGAAAAUUACGACUAUACAAAAAUACAAGUUUCGCAAUGUUGGCAAUUACAGUAAUUACUAUUGAAUGAUUUAAAAACAAAUUGCUGAUAAAGAGGGCGCUAAAAGCGAUCACUUGACAGGUAUUCUAUCUUUUAUCUUUACCUCCGUCCGUCAUUUUCUAAACUGUAGUCUGUUAAACUGAUUUUGGCGGUACAAAGGGGCGGCAAAUUUGAAAAAUGUAAAGGUUGAGUCCUUAUACAUAUUUUGAAUUUCACACCUUUUCUAUUUACCAAUGAGGGCUAUCGUUUUUUUUUCUCACCAGUUGGCGCCUCUGUUGAUGGUGGUCCAAAAGACUAAAGAACAGCUGUCAGUCAUUGAAGUGACAAGUGACAUUUGACAUUUCGAACUAUGGAAAAGACCACCAUCUACACUAGCGCCCCUAGCGGCGAAUUCAUACGCGUUAGCCCUCAUUAGUUUCGGAGACUAUACUUGUUCCUUUUUUAAAUUCGUACACGUUAACUGUCACUUCAUCUGUCAAUAUACGCUUCUACAGCGCCAUCUGCAUUAUGCCUUUAAUUAUUAAAGUAAUUAAUACAAUAAUAGAUUUUUUCAUAGUUAAUUUAUAAAAUUUGUUUUUACGUUCAGCCGGGCUAGCACAUCAUUGGCGCUAGAGUAUCUCGCCGCGACAUAGACUACCCGUCCCCCUUUAAUUCAUACAGUUAGUAAAAGACGGGUAGUCUUAUCUCGCGGCGAGAUACUGUCGCGUCAAUCAUGUGCUCGGCCUACAGGGGUUACUAGAAUAUUUUAGGACCCAUAUAUUAGUAGGACAACAACACAACUAGAUACACAUUCAACACAUGGCAUUCAUAUGUAAUAUCGGGGACAUUGGCUGUGAACCAGUUCAGAUUUUUUUUACCUCAAUCCUUACGAGCCAGCUAAACUCCUCCUAUAGAGAUAACCAAUUACAAUGCAAUUAGGAUUAUUUAUCUUAAUAUUAAAAGGGUAAAAAGCAGGUAAUGAUACAAACAAUAUGUAGUAAGGACAGUUUAUUAAUUGUUGUUUAGGCUGAACUUCGCCGCCCCAUAAAGAUAACCAAUGAGGAUGCAUUUUGGAUUCCUUAUCAUAUUUUCAAAUGCCGGCCGUCACAAAGACAAUGGACGGCACUAAACUUUACCUGAGCUGACCUUUUUUUUUCAACACUUACAUGCCACCACUUUUAUCUUUUUUUUUUAUUAUUAUUUAUUGAGAAACAAACAGUCUUAAAAUAAACAUAAACAUAAACAAUAAACAUCUUAUCACACUUAAACAUAAACAUCUUAACACACUUAAACAUCAACUUAUCGCUUGACCGCCUGCAAGACGUUUAAAUGAUUUUUGAACCAUCACCGUGAAUGUCCCCGAUUGUAUAUUAAAUAAUACAUAAUUUAUAUCCAUGAUUUAGCGUCGCCUUAAAAACAAAUGUAUAACGAUAAUAGUGAAGCUCAAUUUUGUACAUAGAUAUAGACAGGGCAAUAUUUUGAAUGUGUAUCUGUUUAUUAUGUAAUACAAAUAAAACAUUGUAAAAUUGAUAACGGUAUAUGUUUGAUAUUUUUUAUAGCUAAAUCCCAGUUUUGAGGAUUGUUUGUUUGUAACUAAUAAAUUAAUAUUAAUUGAAAAGUUAGUCUAGAGUUUUACGAAUAUUUUGGAAAAAUAACUAGAGUCACAGACAUAUAAUGAGGGCUAUCGUUUGUUUGCUCACCAGUUGGCGCCUCUGUUGAUGGUGGUCCCAAAGACUAAAGAACAGCUGUCAGUCAUUAAAGUGACAAGUGACAUCUGACAUUUCGAACUAUGGAAAAGACCACCAUCUACACUAGCGCCCCUAGCGGCGAAUUCAUUCGUUAGCCCUCAUUGAUAAGUGUUUUAUUUAAUGUCACAGCUUGAAACAAAAACAAUUAUAUAGUAACCAACCAAAAUUCGUUUACCAUAAAUUGUAAUUUUCUAGAGUCACACAAAUGUUGGAUUGGGUAAAAAAAAAUGGUAAAAACGUAACACAUAACAACUUGAAUAUGUUUAUGAAUAACUUGGUUUAAAAUUUGAGAUAAAAUACCAAUUCACAUUUAAAAAAAUAUUUUAUGGCUGACAUAAUAAUAAAUAUAGGGUCAGUUUUUAAAUAUUAAAUUAACUAUAAAUAUUUUGCCCAAUCCAGUGUCUGUUAUUGCAUAAGUUUUGUACUCCAAAGUGUUAGCCGUCCGCCUUCAGCUACAUAUAAGUUAAACAAUAGAUAUAAUACUAUUUUUACGAGUUACCGUACCCGGAUAGAUCCUCACAGAACUAUAUAGCGAGUGUAAUGUAAGUAAAAAUCCCCCUAAUUUGCGGGGAUACUGGAAAUUUCCCUCCAAAUCCCCGCAUUUUGGGCGGUUUUGGUAAAUGUGUAUUAUAAUGAUAGUAAACGCUGUAAAUACGUGUGUGUGUGCGUGUAUGUCAUAUAUUUUGUUGUAUGUAGUGGGGUGUGUCGUGUAUUUUUUAACGUGCGAAGUGACGCUUUGCUACGGUCGAGGUGAAGCUUCUGAGCAAUAAUUAUGUUAGAAUUAAUUAAUCAUUAUAUGUUAUUUUUUAUCUCCAUCGUUUCUUAGAUUGAUCAAUGUAAUGAAAAUUCUUUGAAAAUUAUCUCAUGUGUAGGACAAAUUUGAAAACGAUCGAAUUUUAAGAGCAUUUAGUCCUAGAUAAAAAGACAUCGUGAGCUAAGACAGACAUUUAACUAUAGUCUGCAUCUUCUCAAAUGAUUUUUUUCGCCAAACCCUAAUCUGUUAAACAAAAGCCUUUGUUCAUUUUAUGUGCGAGCCCAUUGUUGGUGAGCGCGUGACCAUUGUGUAUCAGUGAGUGGCGUGCGCUCACCAUCAAUGGGCACGCGCACUCACAAAAGGAACAAAAGCUUUUGUUUAACAGAUUAGGGUCUUUGGCGAAAAAAUCAUUUGAGAAGAUGCAGACUAUAUGUGAUUCGCUAUUUAAAAAUCUACCUGGCAAGCGUUCGUCAAGACUCAGUGUUGCAAAAAUAUCAUAGGCCUGAUUUGACAGUAGAUGUCACUUCAUUGUAAUUUUACCGUUAAAAUCGUGCCUAAAAUACUUUGCACCACUGCACGUAUUCCUUUGCCAAACAUUAACCUCGUAAGGCCCAAUGUGCAUUACAAUGUACACUGGUUCAAUCUAUUUUGAACCUUAUUCUAAUUGAAUUAAUUAGCAUUUCUUUUGUUUCAAUGUUUUCUAAAACAAACGAAAGUCACCCUAAUCUUCUAUACAACAAGGUUCAAAUAAAAAAUAGGGAAACUUUGUAUGGUGGGCCUUACGAGGUUAAACUGUGAUGUAGGCCGUGGCAAGGCUUUAGCUCGCACCCCUGGCCGAAGAUCCUCAGGCUCGCUGGAGUAGACACCUAGAGGCAGCGGACCGGCGGACAUAGUGCACCUUCUUUAGCCUAACAUCACCUCGUAAAUCCCCGUGUACUUGUACAAGUACAAAUUAAAUUAGAGUUUUGAACUCAUAUAGAAAUAAAAGAAAGUUCCAAAUUCAAAGGCGCAAAAAUUGCCCUGGGUCUUACGAGGCUAAGACCCGUUGUCUAAGACAAAUUUCGUGGCUCCAUUUUGACACGCGAUAUGGAUAACGCUAUCUAUGGUUCCGUUCUUUGUCUCUUCUUGGCAAAUUAAAAAAAAAAACGUGAGUUCAUACCUCGGUCGCGCCUAGGAGAGUAGGAAAAAUAUAAAAGAGGGUGUAAAAUGGUGUACAGAUGUAGUGCAUAAUUAUUUUCCAUCGUAUUUUCACGGAAACGUAACGUCUUGCUCUUUCGGUCAGUCUCGGUAAACAAGUACUAAGGUUGACUGAAGUAGCAUGACGAAUACGAACGUUUCCGAGAAAAUACGAUGGAAAACAAUUAUGCACUAGCUACAUCUGUAUCUAAGAUACAAUAUCAAGAAAGGGGAUAUGCGAUAAGUUUAGGUGUCAAAUGUUGACAAUGGAUGACAGGACAGCGGCCGUUAGCCCGUUAAACUUGGCACGAUUUUUACUUAGACGUCUCAAUCAGUCUUUGGCCUAACCUUCCGUUUAUCUUUUAUCACGCGUUGUUCCGAUCUUGCCCAUUAUCGGUGUCUCUUUGACGUUUAAAGUAAAAAAAAAAACCUUUUGUCCUAUAUAUAGUACGUGACGCUAGAGGAAAUUGCCAAACGUCCUUUUGGUAGGACAAAUUAAAGUAUCCUUCGAUUUGAAACGUUGAUGGUGAUUCUUGAUAUAAUUUCGUAUAAAAAUCUAAUAAAUUGUGAUUAUUUUGUAAGAGAUUUAGAAAAGUUCUUUAAAAUAAGUCUGUUCAGGUAGUACUUUCUGUCUGUUACUUUCGUUUUUUGUUCGCUCAACUAGUUUAUUUUGCUUUCUUUCUCUGGUUGACUGGCAGAGAUUCACGGCCGCCGGUCCAAACAUGCUCGUGCAAUAAUGUUAAGUUUCGUUUGUUUGUUUGUUUGUCCCGAGUUAAUAAUGUCCAACUUAUUAUUACUAAAUAUGCGUCAGCUUAUCGUAUGACAUAUAGUUGCUAAAGAUUUGUUUGGGCUGAAAUGCGUAAUCUGGUUAUCUACGUGCAAAUCAUACACAGAGGAUGUUUAAUGAACCUAGACUAAAAUAUUAUAACUGCGUGACAACUGCAAUAGAUGGCACUAUACGUUUUCUGGUAAAUUGAUUGAUGAACGUUAGCGCUUGAUAAUAUAGUCACCGCAUAAUGUUAGAUACUGUGUAGCGCCAUCUACUCCAGCCGCCUUUGCGGGUUUAAUAUGUUAGGCUACUUAUACUCCUUUUCGUAUUCCUUUAUAUAUAGUUUAAUUAAAAAGAUAUGUCCAUUUUGCAAACAAAAUCAAACGUUGGAUAUUUAACUAGCACGUAGAUAUGUUUGACAUUUCAGUUUGAACACGCUUUAGCGUUUUUGUUGUCGAUAUGUAGCUGGCAUUAAGUUACAAGCUAGAAUUAUGGUUAAUUAACGUAUGGUGGAAUAGUUCUCGAGGCGAUCGUUGUGCUAAACUGAUGACGUGCGGACAAUAUUAAAUUGUUUCCUAUAAAGCCAGUCAGUAUAUUUGAAUAUAACACUACACUAAAUAUAAUUGAUUGAAUUUCCACUAUUUCAAAUUACUUCCACUAUUUAAAUACUUAGAUAAAAACUGCAUAAUCAAUAAAUAAGUCCUUGUAUCAAUAAAGUACGUAUUUUGAAUGAUUGUAGCAUAAAAUAAGUUGCACAUUUAAUUAAAAAAACGUGCAAUUUGGCAAAGCUGCAUGCCACUACUUCUGUCUUAAGAUUAUUGCAUUUUUUUUUUUAAAUGCUACUUUUUUAAUAAUGGACAAAUAACAUUUAAACCAAGUGUACAUUAUAAUGCCCAUUGGGCUUUACAUGCUGAAAUAAUUCUAUGGCUCAAUAUGCAAGGGUCUUGUUGAUUGAAUCGAUUAUAGAAACCAAUUUCAUAUUUCCACGCGUUGGUAACGCUGCAGUCGUUUCUCAAAAGUUACCUUCUCCGAGUUGCACAGAUACUUUUAAUAUUAAAGAAGUUAGCCUUAGGACUGAGGUGAAGUACCUAAUAGCGAGCAUACGCGCUAGGCAAUUUCCUCGCGCACAAAACGGCCAGUGUAGACGUUCCUCGCGCGCGCCGCUUCGGCCGAGGCACGCCUACACUGGCCGUUUUGUGCGCGAGGAAAUUGCCUCGCGCGUAUGCUCGCUCUGUGUGCACCCAGAUAAUAAUGUUUGAAAUGUAUUCAAUAUAUUGACUCUUGAUGUGUACGGUCGAGUUUACAAAUACAAGCCAAAGUUCCAAAAAUAUUUAUACAUAACCUUAGGAUUUCACGGGCCUAUAAAUCCCGGUCUUUUGACAGGCUUGCGUGGGGAUAUAGAUCCAGCACGUAGAGGCCCCUUGGAGAGCUUUAAUGUCAUGUAGAACGCCUGCUGGAACCCACAGGCGCAACAAGACACUCAUGAACCGGUCGCAGCAGGUAUUGGGACGAUUGUAGAAAAAGUGAACAGUAUAACGGCCUAUGGAUCGAAGUUUGGGUGGGCUGGGACUGGGUUAUUGCAAAGACGGGCACCUGCCAUAACAAGUACAUAACCUUAUUGUUAGUGUCUUAGAGGCGUGUAAAUAUAUUUUUGGAACGUUGGAACUUAUGUACACACCUACAUCAACAUCAUCAAUGGACUGCAGUCCAUAAAGUCUACAUAUCUUCUUCAUAGAGAAAUGGGUUGUGUAAUAAUCAUAUGACUGUCCUAUCUGAAGCACAGUGCGGCUCGGAGGCCAGUGCCAUGUCCCCAGCCUCUGCCCGACUCCGUCUGUACACAAACAAGCGUCAGUUCCAUUGGUCUUUAUAAAGGACAAAAUAAAUGAUCUCCGCAUUUACGGUCUAAAAUAUCCAUGUCCGUUAAGAUAGACAUUUUUGUCCAUUAAAAACUAAUUAUAACAAUGUCCUUUAUGUAGGAUUUUUUCUGACAUAAUGUUGUGUACGGUACAGCCGGCGCGCGGCGACGCUAACCGUAAGUCCGCCUCUAACACUUGUGCAAUAUCCAUGUUUAGGGGGCGUUUGUCAAAGCUUGUAUUUUGCAAAAUUACUUGCAACACUCAAUUAAACCUUAUGUGAUAUCCUUGAAUAAAACAGUAUCACUAUUUUAUCGUCUUCAACAACAAUUUCACUUUACUAAAUGUUACUUUCCGAUAUUAAAUACAAAAAUAUCCAAAUAACUUUAACGGUUAAAGAAUCCCGUCAAUUAUUGAAGAAAACUGACUUGCUGUAAAUGGGACGAAGUGAACAAAAAAUAUUCCAAAUCGGCCUAACGGCUCGAGACAUCUGGAAACAUAAGGUUUUUUUUAAACGAAUUGAGAAAUAUCAAACACAUUUCUAAGAAGUUUUGACAAGCGCCGCCCGCGUCGCUUCCUUACUUUACGUUACUUUAAUUCGUUGCGUUAAGUUGUCUUAAGUUCUACUUUAGUUAGUUAGUAGGGUAAAUGCAUUUCCAUCGUGUAGGCUUUCGGUAUCUCCAUUUGUUGUUUGUUUUUCGGGUGGCGAUUGUGUAAAUAUAAAAAAAAAACAGCGAUUAUAACUGAGAACACAUUUCGAUUAGACUAUAGUGUGGUUGUUGUAUUUGCUCGACUAUGACUGCGUCACUUGUUUUCCAUUUUGAAGUAAGGGAUACACGAAAAUUCGCAUUAACACGCUAUGUGAUUCAGUUUACAAUCACACUUGCUUCAAGUGACUUUUUUCGUACUUAUUUCAUGUUCCAUCAAUGCUUCUUAUAUCGUCCGGUGUUUGCCUCUCGCCCCCGUUGAUUCUUGUUUUCCCCUUAUAUUUAGACUAAAUAUCUUAUAAUGAAAGCAAUAAUAUUCGUUAUCGUGUGGUUUUGGGCUUAACUUGUAUCUAACCUCCAACGCUUUAGUUCAAUACUGAGGUAUUUAGGAAUAUGUCCUUUAUAAAACACAUAACAUGCGAGAUCAGUUGAAAUUUAUUUUAAAACGUUAAAAUAUAAGCUUCGGUGGUUUUAAUCACCAUUAAGUGCCAAAAAUUAUUAUAAAAAUAAAUGUUCAUUCGAAUAACAUUAAAAAGGGACAUAGCUACGCGUUAUUUUAAAUGUUAAUUAACUGGAAAUCGGCUACAAACUCCGUAUUGAACUAACGCUCAAAAACAUGAGGAGAAUGCCAGAAGAACCAUUUCACAAUAUGUAUUGAAUUUGAAAAGGUUGUUGAUUCGUUCUCCUUAUACACAUCUGCGUGUUACUAAACCACGGAAUUUUGGGAACAAUAAUAUCAGUGUUGUAAUAAUCAGAAUGAUUGUGAUUGUGGGUGAAUUUACAGGCAUUUAUUAAUGAAUGGCAAUAAAAUUAUGGUUAAUGGUGACGUUGGGGUUGCUUUGGUAUUUACUUAGUGAAAACCCCUUGUCCUUUAUAAAGGACAUGAAAUUGAAGUCGGUUAAAAAUUGGACCUAUAUAUAAAAUUCCACUCUCAUCAUGUCAUUUGUUGCCUAGACCGGGUUGUUUUAUAGUUUCUUUAAGAAACUGCAAUGUCCUUUAUAUAGUACAUUAAACCGACAACGACAAAUGCCUUGCUUUUAAAUAAAGUAACCCCAAAUCCAGUUUUCCAGUUUUUGUAAACCUGCCCAGGGGACCGAUUUUUGAAUUUCGAGCUCUCGAUGUCGUGUGGCUCCCUUCAAUAUAUCUCCACUACUAAGCAUUUACAUUCUACUAACAGAAACGAAAACGAGACGUCAAUACCACUAGAUUCCCAAUUUCUAUUGCUCGUAUUUCAAAAAUAUCAAUUUGCCGUUUUCCACAGAUUUUCGAGUGACGAAAUCGUGCGCUCGAAAUUAAAAAAUCGGCCCCCAGAUCUGGGCUAUAACCGCGAAAAUCGAAAUUCGCAAAUUGCGGGCAAUUUUCUCUGUCACUCUAAUUACGCCUUUAUUGGAGUAAAAGAGAAAAACCUACUGUACUGGAGUUGAUUAUGUUUGUUUAGCCUUAUGCUUUAGCCUGGCCAAAAAAAUUGAUCAUCAUUUUAAUGUCAAUUACAUUUUAAAAAUCUAUAUUUCUAGUACAAUAUAAUGUUCUAUUUUGACGCCAAAUAUUCUGUUCAGUGAAAUUCCUUUUAUUAUUUAAUAUGUUCUAAAAAUACGAUUACAAAUGUCCUUUACAUAAGACAUUACAAUUGCAACAUCAUCAUAUGCUUAAAAGAUUUUUAAGGAUCAAUUUAAAUAAUUAUUGAGCAGAGUAUCAUGGACAGGCAUGUUAAAUUACCCGAAUAUGUACCUUAUAAAUACAGGACUUAAUCCGUUUUUUUCCUUUAGCCGAAGAAUACUUUAGCAAUCCUAUGUCGGUGUUCCAAAACGAAACUUUGUUGUAACAUUUAUUUAAAAACUAAGCAUCACAUGUUAUGGAACGACCCCUUUAGACGGCGGUGUCAUUGACUUGAGUUGUGUGAACAAUAUGGAUAUGAUAUGGAUAGUCAAUGGUCCUUGUCGAUGAGUCCAAUUCAGACAUUAUAUAUAUGUAAAAAGUGUAAAAACUUUGAAGUUUCUUUAGGUCCUCGCAUAGCAUCGUUCACGAAAUAUCAGCCGGGUAUUUUCAUUUUAACGUAGUCAGUUACGGCCAAAAUGGUCAAAUAUAAUUACAUGUUUGAAUAAACCCAUGCUAUAUUGUCUAGCUGAUAUUUUAGAACAACUAUGUGGAUAAUUACUUAGGACAUUUUUAUAUUAGAUACUUAUAGUUAUUCGUUUUGGAACGUUGCUCUAGCCAAUGUUGUCAGCCGUCGUUGAACUAUUAAUUGUGCUCAUUUUUUAUUUUAUUAAAUGCACUGCUAUUGUA